GCUCCGUCGCUCGGGUGCUCUGCCGGCGCUGUCGCCCUCAGCUGCCGCCGCCGCUUUCGCCGCCGCGGACCCCUCACAACUUGGCGGGGCCCCCCUGUUGGGUGCGGCCCGGCUCCCGGUGCCCCGGCCGGCUGCCCGCGGAGGGGGCGGGGGCCGCGGCUCGCCCCCCGCCGAUGCGCCGCCGCGGAGCGCGCAGCGCGGGCGGACGAUGGAACUCCACAUCCUGGAACACCGGCUGCAAGUUGCCAGCGUCGCCAAGGAGAGUCUGCCGCUCUUCACCUACGGCCUCAUCAAACUUGCCUUCCUGUCGUCCAAGACCAGGUGCAAGUUCUUCAGCCUGACCGAGACGCCGGAGGAUUACACCAUCAUCGUGGACGAGGAGGGCUUCCUAGAGCUGCCCUCCUCCGAGCACCUGAGCGUGGCGGAUGCCACCUGGCUGGCCCUGAACGUGGUGUCUGGUGGCGGCAGCUUCUCCAGCUCCCAGCCCAUUGGUGUGACCAAAAUCGCUAAGUCGGUCAUCGCCCCGCUGGCCGACCAGAACAUCUCCGUGUUCAUGCUGUCCACCUACCAGACGGACUUCAUCCUGGUACGCGAGCGGGACCUGCCCUUUGUCACCCACACCUUGUCAUCAGAGUUCACCAUCCUGCGGGUUGUCAAUGGCGAGACGGUAGCCGCUGAGAGCCUCAGCAUCACCAACGGCUUCGUGAAGCCCAAGAUGGUCCAGAGGCCAGUGAUCCACCCACUGUCCAGCCCAAGCAACAGGUUCUGUGUGACCAGCCUGGACCCCGACACACUGCCCACUGUUGCCACCCUCCUCAUGGACGUCAUGUUCUACUCCAAUGGAGUGAAGGACCCCAUGGCUGCCACUGGCGAAGACUGCGGCCACAUCCGCUUCUUCUCCUUCUCCCUCAUCGAGGGCUACAUCUCCCUGGUGAUGGACGUGCAGACCCAGCAGAGGUUUCCUGGGAACCUGCUGUUCACCAGCGCAUCCAGGGAGCUGUGGAAGAUGGUGCGCAUCGGCGGGCAGCCACUGGGAUUUGAUGAAUGCGGCAUCGUGGCCCAGAUCUCCGAGCCCCUGGCUGCGGCAGACAUCCCUGCCUACUACAUCAGUACCUUCAAGUUCGACCAUGCACUGGUACCGGAAGAGAACAUCAGUGGCGUCAUCAGCGCCCUGCAGGUCAGUCAGGCUGAGAAGCACUAGGAGCGUGCCGGGCCCGGGCCCAGCCCCCGCCCCAAGAUCGUCCUCGCAGUAUUUCUCCACGGACUGGAAAAUCGGCCUCAGAGACUCCAAGGCAGGGGCCUCUAAGACCUCCCCGAUUGUGACCCCUCCAGGCCUGGGGCCCAAGCCAAGGCCUCCCCCAGGCCCUCCUUCCUGCCUGCCCCAAGUCCCCAGGUCCUCCAGCCAUGAUCCCCAUCCCUCCCCCUCCAGCCUCACCCCCGAAAAGAUAAGCUGGGCUUGGAGGGGGUGGCCGGGAACCACUCAUGGGUGGAAGUGGCAGCUGGGCAGCGUCUCCUGCCGCCUGGUGGCUGAGUAGGGCCGAGUGAGUGUGUGGACCCCUGGAGAAGCCUGGAUGGCCUCAGUGUCCACCAGCUCUGUGCCCGCUCCCUCGGACGCACACAGCGAGACUGUGGAGAGGGACCCUGUCCACGCCC